AUGUUACAUCUUGAAGGACGAGUCAGCAUGGGGUCGUGCUUAGAGUGUGAUGGUCCCAAUCCAGAGUACAAGUGUCAAGAUUGCUUCGGCUCAGCGCUUCAUUGCUCAGAUUGUAUUUUGUCAGUCCAUGUGCACCACCCACUUCACCGAUUGCAGAAAUGGAACAGCCAAUACUUCGAACGAAUUUCCUUGAAAGCCCUGGGCCUCCGCAUUCAGCUUGGUCAUGUCACUGGCCGGCAAUAUGCCAAUCCUCACCGAGCUUUUAAUGAUGACUUUGUCAUUAUCAAUGUCUUAGGUAUACACAAACAAUACCACCUGCUCUCGUUUGAGUCAAAAAUAUCGGCCUAUGAGUUCUAUCAUGUGCUUCACCGGAUGUCUGACAACACCGGUCUACUUGUCGUUAAGGGCAUAGAUGCAACAACUCAAGGUGAAUGCGCUGUGUUGUGCCCAGCUUGUCCACAUCCUGGUAAGAACCUUCCAGCUAAUUGGAAAGACGCACCUCAAUGUUGGCUCUAUGGAUUGUUCCUUGCCAUCGACACAAACUUCCGCCUGAAACGCAAGGCUGUCUCGAAUGACAGUGUGGACCCGAGCCUGAGUUCUGGUUGGGCCUAUUUUGUUGACGAUGAAGCUUACAAGGGCUUCUUGGACAGCAACUCGGACAACGCCCAAGAGAAAUCAACAUGCUCGAGUCACAAUGCUGUGAACAUGGCAGACACGAAACCUAACCGCGGACUUGCUGCCACAGGUUUAGGUACUGUCGACUGUGCCCGCCACAACAUGAAACGGCCCAACGCUGUUGGAGAUCUCCAAAAGGGUGAAAGGUACGUCAACAUGGAUUAUUUAUUCUUUUCGACACUUCGCCACACAGUUACUGACACUCUGAACAUAUCUUACGACAUCGCGUGCCAAUGGCACAAGAAAUUAUGGCACUGCAUGGCCGCAUUUCCAGUCUCAAUGCAACUCCUGCCCGCUUUCACAACUAUUUCUUUUUUCAUCCCAAAGUUCCACCUUCCUGCUCACAUCGAUGAGUGUCAAACCUCAUUCUCUUUCAAUUUCAAAAGUGGGGUUGGUUGGACUGAUGGAGAAGCUCCCGAGCGUGGCUGGGCCAAUAUCAACCCCGUCGCUUCGAGUAUGAAAGAGAUGGGCCCCAGUGUGCGGCGAGACACCCUCGAUGAUUAUUUUGGAGAUUCGAAUUGGAAAAAGGUAGUUAAACUUGGUCAUACUAUGCUUAACAAGUUGAAGGACGCAUUACCGGAGCAACAGGAUCAUCACAAAGCCCUUGAUGACCUUGAAGAAGGUUUGAGAGGUGAAUAUAGUGCUGCUCUCGCCCAGUGGAGAGAACAGGUGGAGGCAUGGGAGUGUGACCCCGCAAAGCCAAACCCUUUCGAACGAAGGGUCGAAACUGUUACUAUGGCCUCUGUGCGACUGGAACUGGCUAGGGAUGACCAGAAUGAUAUUCAAACAGGAACUUGCCUUGCGCUACAUGAGGACUGUACUCCAAGUGUAUUGAUCAGCACUGGCUUGGAACUUGAGGAACAACAAACAGGCCUCGGCAUCCACGCUUCAGAUAAUCAAGAAGGGAAAUUACUUCAGCGGAAUAACACUCUGCAACGCAGGAUCAACACCUGGACUAAAUUACAGGAACUGUACAUGCCAUCACUCGCUGCACUACAUGUCAGCGAGAGGUCAGUAUCUGGUGGCAUCACCGCUGCAGUAACUACACCCGAAACCAUCAAACUCUGGCUACCAUCCCAAAUCAGCAGGACAGCACCUUGUGACACCCGCCUCCAAACCAUCGAAUGGAAGCUCCGCUACACACAAGCUCACGAUGCACUCCGUUCCCUCCGUUUGAACUUGUGCGCUCAGACCGCCAUCCUCAAGUAUAAAGAUUGUAACCUUCGCGGUCAAGUUCUUGCUCCACUGGUGAAUCAGACUGGGUGGCACUCGUCUUUGAGGCCACUAAACCAAACCAAUAUUCACUCAAUGACGGAUCUAUUAUGGGGGGAAUCAGAGGGUACAAGGAAGUUAUCUUGGAUCUGGAAUAUGAGAGGAGCUGCACCUGACGAGAUGGACAAUAAUAAUGCUUUUGAAGGCGAGGCACAGGCAAUGCGUUGGGCAGAAGAGGUCGAGCUGCUGAAGGAAGAGAUGCGGAGAAUCCUUCAAUUUUUUGAAUGGCGUGCGCAAUGCUGGGACGAGCGUGGGCUAGAAGAUGCCUUACACGACGUGGUUGAUGAUGAUGAGCACGAGGGACUGUUAGCAUAUGUGAAAUGUCAAGCUUCAUUAUGUCGAAGGCUCGCUGAGUCCUUUAGGACUAGUUGGACUGACACCUUGGCACUGGCGGACUCAUUCAACGACUCACUCAUCACUCAGCAAGACAAGGACAUUGAUUGA